AGAGAGAGGGCGCGCGUGAGGGAGAGAGAGAGAGAGAGAGCAGCAGCAUGCUUCAACAGAGUGAACAACACAUGCAAGAGGACUGGACCGACUCCUGAUCUGUGUGCUUCAAGUUCAACGUGGUUGUUUCUUAAAAAAACUCCUUUUCCCCUCAACCUUGAGUCAGCAGACAGCGACACAUCUUCCGUGUCAUUCUUUUCCAGCCCUGGACGCGUGUAAGAAGCGUGGAUGGUUAUGUUUGAAAAGGAGUCAACACAGCCUCUGGACCAGUCAACUGCAACAGCCAUGUCUUCCAACAAAUACUCUGCUGCUGGCAUGGAUGAUAGCAACAACAUGACCGCCACCGCGCCGGUCAACGGAGACGUGCCUCCAGCUAAAGGCCUCUCAGAGAACGACAGCGGCGUGGAGCUAACCAAUGACAACAGCCCUCUGACCGCAGCGGAGCCGCCCUCCCCCUUCAGCCCGAAGCAGAACGGAGACGCCGCCUCGCCUCAAGAUGGUAACCAAGGUUCAGGGGGAAGUAGGAAGAGGAGCAGGAAGAAGUCAGAGGAGGAGGAAACUACCUGGGACUCGGACAGCGAGGACAAGACGUCAGGAGCAAGUCAGCUGGGUUUGAGACAGACGCCUCGGCCCAGAACCAUCUUUCAGGCCGGUCUGGCGCCGCACGCGCACAGCAAACCUCGCAGACAGAACCGCAAGCAGGAGCCCAGCAUGUCUUUGUGUGCUGGUGGCGGUGGUCCUCGCGUGGCUGGGGUUACGUCCGGCGGGGUCCCAGAGGCCACCCGUCCCGAGCUGAUGGAACAAGACUCCAAGGACUCUGCCCAGAGCAUCAGCACCUCAUCGAGCCAUGAGAUCCAACCAGAGUACAAAGACAGUAAGGGUUUUGGGAUCGGCGAGCUGGUGUGGGGAAAGAUCAAGGGCUUCUCCUGGUGGCCCGGCAUGGUGGUGACGUGGCGCGCUACUGGCAAACGGCAGGCCAGCCACGGCAUGAGGUGGCUGCAGUGGUUUGGAGAUGGAAAGUUCUCUGAGGUUUCAGCGGACAAACUGGACUCCAUCACGGCCUUCGCCAAGUUCUUCAGCCAGGCUUCCUACACCAAACUGGCCUCCUACCGCAGGGCGAUCUUCCAAGCACUGGAGAUGGCGAGUAUCCGGGCGGAGAAGAAGUUUCCUCCCUGCGAGUCGGACUCUCCAGACGACCAGGUGAAACCCAUGCUGGACUGGGCUAACGGCGGCUUCCUGCCCAAAGGAGAGGAGGGACUCAAACCUACACACACCGCCGACAGCAACCCUCUGGACCACCAGGUCCUGGAUGUUUCCCUGCCAGAGUAUUUCCCCAGCGCCAAGCGGCCGAGGGUCAGCCUCCAGAAGAACAAGGCCGCCCCGGAGGAGUCGUACAGCAGAGAACAAAUGGUGAAUGAAGUUCUCAAGAAUAAUAGAAGUAUAGAAGAUUUCUGUCUCUCUUGUGGAAAGAUGAGAGCUGCAACCUUCCACCCGCUGUUUGAAGGAGGCCUCUGCCAAACAUGCAAGGACGUGUACUUGGAGAUGUCCUACAUGUACGACGACGAUGGUUACCAGUCCUACUGCACCGUUUGCUGCGGAGGACGAGAAGUUCUCCUCUGCGGCAACGCCAACUGCUGCAGGUGUUUCUGUGUGGACUGUCUGGACAUCCUGGUGGAUCCUGGAGCGUCUAACAAUGCUCGCUACUUGGACCCGUGGCGAUGCUACAUGUGCCAGCCGACGCUGCAGUACGGCGCCCUGAAGCGGCGCCACGACUGGAGCAUCAAACUGCAGAUUUUCUUCACCAGCGACAAUGGACAGGAGUUUGAGAAACCAAAGAUUUUCCCAGCAGUCCCUGCAGAGCAGAGACGACCAAUCAGAGUCCUUUCCCUGUUUGACGGCAUCGCUACUGGCUACCUGGUUUUAAGGGACCUGGGUUUCAAGGUGGACCAGUAUGUGGCUUCAGAGGUGUGCGAGGACUCCAUCUCAGUGGGUGUUGUCAGGCAUGAAGGAAAGAUCCAGUACGUCCAUGAUGUCAGGAACAUCACCAGGAAAAAUCUUCUCGAGUGGGGUCCAUUUGACCUGGUAAUCGGAGGAAGUCCCUGCAACGACCUGUCAAUCGUCAAUCCUGCCAGGAAAGGGCUCUAUGAAGGCACUGGGAGGCUGUUCUUUGAGUUUUACCGUCUGCUGAGCGAGGCUAAACCCAAAGAAGGAGAGGACAGGCCGUUCUUUUGGAUGUUUGAGAACGUGGUCGCCAUGGGCGUCAACGACAAGAGGGACAUCUCACGAUUCCUGGAGUGUAACCCUGUGAUGAUGGAUGCUAUCGAAGUUUCUGCUGCUCACCGCGCCCGAUACUUCUGGGGAAACAUGCCGGGCAUGAACAGGCCUCUGUGUGCCUCUGGGAUGGACAAGCUGGAGCUGCAGGACUGUCUGGAUCACGGCAGAGUAGCAAAGUUUGGGAAGGUGCGCACCAUCACUACCCGCUCCAACUCCAUCAAGCAAGGGAAGGAUCAACACUUCCCCGUCCUGAUGAAUGGGAAAGAGGACAUACUGUGGUGCACUGAGCUGGAGAGGAUCUUUGGGUUCCCUGUCCACUACACAGACGUGUCCAACAUGGGCCGCGGUGCCAGGCAGAAGCUCCUGGGCCGGUCCUGGAGCGUCCCUGUCAUCAGGCAUCUGUUCGCACCCCUGAAAGACUACUUUGCCUGCGAAUAGACGCCAGCCAUCACCAGCAAAGAGAAGCCGCUUCCAUUUACACACCAUGCUGACAUCAAGGACCACCGAACACAUUGUGUAAAGAGCUGAAGGUUUCUCUCAACUCUUGCAGGAAAAUAACCAGUUUCAUUUCAAAUCAGUAUAGCAGGAACAUAGUGAAAAUAGCUGUUGUGGUGUGCCACACCUUUUGGGAUGCUGGUGGUAUGCACUGCAGCCUUAAACAUAGAUAACACACAAUGACACUGAGAGAAACAAAUAAACCAUAUGCGGUUAUCUAGCCCGUAGGGUCACUGUUUAUAACAUUUAUAAUCAUGCUUUGCCUCUCUGAAGGUUCAGCUGAGUUAGAAGGGAAAGACGAGAAAACCCAACUUACUUGUUUUUUUUUUUAUCAAGAUAAGGCCUCUACAGUGAAAUAUUUUCUUUCUUUUAAAAAGCUUUAGACAUUAUUGUUUAUAAGUUGGCGACACUUAAUAUGUGUAGAAAAUAGACAACAACAUGGGACCAAAGGUACAGCUUUUUAUGGCAAAAUUUUAUUUUAGGAUGUUUAAAAAGUUCUGAGGAUGUUUCUGCCUCCAUUUAGCUGAUGAUUCAAAUGUGUGACAACAGACUUUAAAUCUUUAAAAAAAAAAUCACUUGAACCAAAGUCAUUAGAUGAACCAAUUACGGCCUACGUGCUCUUCCACUAGAAUGCUGAAUGUAUUUUUUAUAUUAGGGGCAUCUGUCCAAAGACAGAAAAUAUACACAAACCACAUUGAGCCAUAAACCAAUCCUGCAAGUCCAACCCACUAACAGUAUACGCUUGUUGUCUUUGUUAAAAUUACAACACAUUCAGAUUCAUAUUCAUAGAAGCUCGUAUUCAUCCAUGGAAGCAAGUGCACUGCUGGCUGACCUGGAGAUGAAUCAGGGUUUGUCUUCACACUCAGUUUGUAGUUGUUUAGUUGAUCAUUGUUGUGAAAGAGAAACACAAUAAUUUUGCCUUUUGUCUUUUGCUUUGACAAAUAAAGAGAACAAUAGCUUACUAAAAAAAAAAAAAAGUUGAAUAGAUAGUGUGAAACCUUGUUUAUAAUGUCUCAGAUACAUCUCCCUGAUACCAAUACUUGAAACAAGCCAAAGCAAAAACGCUGUCUUUUGACAACCUGCGUGUAGAGGCCUAUUGCAGACAGAAUGCGAGUGAUGGCAUUUAUACUGCUGUAGAAGUUUGGAUUGUAACACCCAAAGCAAAGCAAAAGGUGGGAAACACUGGCAAAACGUGCACUAUUUUUGGAAAACUAUCCCUGACUUCGCUUGGUUCAAAGACCUCAUAAAGUUUCCAAAACAUUCAACAAGAGGAAUUACAUUUAGAUCAUCUCUAAGGCUGGCUGAUACUCUAUUUACAUUACAUGUCUAUUAAGUCCUGUUUGGUGCAUAUGCUUUAGUAUACAGUAUGCAUUGUUAAUUACAAGUAGCCCAACAGUCUGACAUGUUUUUACCAAGUAAUUGCAAAUCAGUAGUUUUUCAACACUUAAUAGUCAUAACACAAUUAUAUGUCACUCUGUACGCCUGUGCUUUAGCAUGUUCACCACACAGAGGGAUUUACUGGACAGUUUAUUCUGCUACCAAGUGU